AUGAAGUGGUCGCUGUCGGCAAAGGCAUUGGCGGCGCUGCCGCUCGCGUCUGUGGCAGGAUGGACUGGGGUAGUCGCGUAUACUCGAGAAAGCGCCAAUCAUCCAGCCCGUGGGUAUAGCUUUAACACCGGCUCCAUGGACGACAUUCUGUCGGACACGCUGCAGACUGGGGACAUUGUGCUCUUCCGUCGAAAUUGUGCCUACAUGCAGCCAGCCGACGCAGUCAGCUGCUUCCUGGGUGACCGCGUGCCGAUCUGGCAGGGACCGUACAACCACUGUGGCUUCAUCUACGUCAACCACAUUGGCGACAAGUUCGUGGUCGAGGAGACGUACUCCGGGGUCAAAUGCCGACCUUACAGCGCUCGGAUUAUAACGUCGCUGUCGACUGAUAUUGCGGUUGUUCCAUUGCGUGUCAAGAGGACACCUGAAAUGCAAAUGGCAGUACGAGACUUUGUGGAAGAACACGUGAACCGUCCGUCUCGGUUCUCGAUCAAGACAGUGUUGGACCAGUUCAUAUCGAACAACGACAAGCCAUCAUCCACGCCAGUGUUUCCUGCCGCUGGAUUGAUUGCUGAAGUAUACCAGCGCAUGGGACUGCUACCGUCAGAGUCGACGAACGGCCAAUUCCCAUCUCCAAAACACUGUACCAUCACGCACUGGACAAAUUACUCGACCGUGAAGCUAUUACAAGGCGCCCAUUUUGACCGAAAGUUGCCCAUCCGAUUGCUGUAGCCACGUUCGAUGCUUCAAUUUGUUAAAAUCAGUGAUAUCUUUUCUUUCUCAUAAGUACUUGGAGGUAGUUAAUGUUGAUGUGCAAUGGACAGCGUGAGUCCAUUUUCAGUGGUAUGGAUGGUUUCCAAAUUGCUCCCAUUGAACUGACACACGAUGAACCCUUCAGAGGUCGGGCCCGGUGUCUUUCGCCUGUAUCGGGCAGCGGUUGGUCUUGUUAGCGCCAUGGACUGGAACGGGUUGUCGAGAUAAUCAUGAUCAUGUUGGCAAUUCCCUUCGUCCAUGCUGACGCAUUGUCGUGGAGGGGGGGAGUCAUUUUUGGUUGUCGCAGUGGUGUCGGAGGUUGAGAUUCCGCCAAGGCGGUGGUUGACCUUGGAUAUGUCGCCUUCGUUGAGUGUAUUGUGUUCGUCGAAACAGCUUAUGUUGGUUGACUGGGAUGGCGGCUUGAUCGCGUGCAAUGGAUAUUUAGCAAUGAGCGAUUCCUUCGUCACUCGAAUACAUUGGGCACAGAUUUUACGCUCUUGCAUGGCCUUUUGGGACGGCUCAGACUGCAAAAACAGCGGCGUGUAUGCGAUGCGAACUGUGCAAGCGGCACACAUGAUCUACCAUACACUAACAUGUGAGAAGAAUUUCAAUCAACGUUAUAUAGCAAGUGGUUAGUACAUCGCCACACGACCGACAGUGGUGGCGACUUCGCAGCGGGCUGAAGCGUUUCGUGCACACAAUGCAGUGUUUUCUCGCGCUAGAUAGGACAAGAGUCAGUACGAC